GGUGGCCGCCGAGGGGAGGCCCUGCGCCUCUGCCAGGGGGACUUCCUCGGGGCCCCUAUUUCCCAGGUCCGGUGGGAGAGCCACACGGAGGGGGAAGCCGGCCCGGAUCUUCCAGAAGCCAGAGCUGUCCCAGGCCGCCCCCCGCCUCCUCCUCCAGGGGGGCCUCGGGAGCAGUCCUUGAGCGCAGGCCUGGGCCUCCCUCCUGCUCUUGGGGGCCCCGAAAGUCUGGGCUCCAGCUCCUGCGGCCCCCAGAUGGGCCAUUUGGAAGGCCUUUGGGCUGCACGGGGCCUCCGACUGUCCCAAGAGGUCUGGUCACCCCACUACGCCUGCCCCGAGGUGAUCCGGGGCGAGAAAUACGACGGCAGGAAAGCGGACGUGUGGAGCUGCGGGGUCAUCCUGUUCGCCUUGCUGGUGGGGGCUCUGCCUUUCGAUGACGACAACCUGCGGCAGCUCCUGGAGAAGGUGAAGCGCGGCGUCUUCCACAUGCCGCACUUCAUCCCGCCCGACUGCCAGAACCUGCUGCGGGGCAUGAUCGAGGUGGACGCCUCCAAGAGGCUGACGCUAGAACACAUUCAGAAACACAUUUGGUAUAUAGGGGGCAAGAACGAGCCCGAGCCCGAGCAGCCCAUCCCCCGAAAGGUGCAGAUCCGAUCCCUGCCGUCCCUGGAGGACAUCGACCCGGACGUCCUGGACAGCAUGCACUCCCUGGGCUGCUUC